CUGAGCUCUGGAGGUAACGUGCAUCACCUCCCAUCUGGUGGCUGCUCCUGCCGCGCAGGCGCAGUGCGGCUCUCCAUCAUUUCCAAUAUCCCAGUGUAGGAGAACCAGCAGAGCCACAGAACUAAUGGGAACCAUGGGAAAACCACUACCCAACUGUGAUUGGGAACCAAUAUGUUGAACAUUCUUUAUUUGUCAGACUGAGGGACGGUAUUCUGGGUGGGAAAGGACAAAUAAUAGAAGACUUUCCGGCACAGCACACGCCGACUCCAGAGCCUCCUUUUUCAGCUAGCAUGUUCCUGAGUCAGAUGGCUAUGAAUGACAAGAUGCAGUAAUGGAAGUCCACGCACCAUUCAGCACUGUAACCAUGAAGCAGCUCAAAGGGUAGGGUCUUCUGUGAGGUCACCUCACCCUACCCGACUACCCACCCAUCAGCUCCACCUGAGAGCCUACGUUGAAGCAUAAGGUCAACUGUCUCCGAACCCUCCCAUCACCACCACCUCCACCACGGCUUUGGAAGACAAACAUGACGUGCAUUGCAAAGACACUGGUUGAUGUCUGAUAUAUAUACCUCCUGAGGUGUCGAGCGUAAAACCAGUGGAGCAAUGAAUGGCGGAAAGGACUGUGAGGCGGGAGAUGAGAGGCAGGCUGUUCCUGUCCAGGUCCCUAUUGGCUGGCAGCGCAAGGCGGAGCACGGUGGUGGGGUUGUAUACAAAAGUCCCAGUGGCUCGAUGCUGUCCAGCUUGGAGCAGGUGAAGACCUACCUGCUGACAGAUGGAACCUGCAAAUGUGGCCUGGAGUGCCCACUCAUUCUCCACAAGGUGUUCAAUUUCGACCCUGGGGCAGCUGUCAAACAGAGGACGGCGGAGGAUGUGAAAGCAGAUGAAGAUGUCACCAAACUCUGCAUUCACAAGAGGAAACUUCUCGCUGUGGCCACGCUGCACAAGAGCAUGGAGACACACCCACCUCUGACGCUGACCAGUCCAGGGGGGGGUACAUCAUCUGUGGUUGCUGUGCAUUCGACGACUCAACGAGCAAUGAGGACUAAACCUCACGAUGGCCUGCCCAAUGCUGUUGGCCCAGACUGCAAGAAUCCUUUCAAGAUGAUAAUGGCAGCUGGACAACAGCACCAGCAGAGACUGUAUCCACCCCAGGAGAUGGGAGGAGCCCAGCAGCCAGAGCUCUACUCUGGGUACUCAAGGCCGCAGAGGUUGGGCAGUGGGGAGCCAGGCCCCAAAUCCCCUUACCGGGGUGGGUAUGGAGGUAUGCUGAGCCCACCACCCUCCAGUGCUAAGCUUUAUGGAGAUGGCUCUCAGUCUCCCAGUGCAGAGACUCUAGGCAGCCCUGAGGGCUUUCCAAGGACCAAUCCUUGUGGGUUUCCAGGAGCUGGCAGUCCUGGCUCAGCCUCCAUCCAUGGGAACACUAGGACGCCUCUUUCCCCACCCAGUUUAAUGCUCCAUGGUUCCCCUGCGGGCCAGCCAUCCUGCGCAAUGACAGGAAGGACUAGCACACCCCUUUCUCCGACGGCCACUGCCAAAAGCCCUGUCAUGAACAUGAACAUGCCGCGGGGGAACUUCCCCCCUGGCAUGGAUAUGCCCCGUGCAACAUUUCAUCAUAAAACACAGCCCCCUGUACAUCCCGUACCACCACCUCCAUCUAUACCACCUUCCUGUGCCCUUCAAAAAAGGCAGUUGACCUCCGAAAAAGACCCCUUAGGCAUCCUGGACCCCAUCCCAAGCAAGCUAGUCAGCCAGCCCCACACCAACGUACCAAACCCCUCCAACUUCCAGUCUAACAUCCACUCUCAGGUACCAAUGAUGAAUGUAAACAUACCCCCUCCCGCUAUUGUUCCCUUGCCAAGCAACUUACCUUUACCCACAGUGAAGCCUGGGCCUGUGGGGCAUGGCGGCCAUGUUCAAAGGACUCAACAGGGUGGUCCGGCUUCCUCCAUGUCUCCCUCUCCUGUCACUUCCCCUGUCCACAUGGCUGGACCUGCCCAUGGGAGAAUGGAGGCCUCCCCUCAUCGUUCACGCUCAUCCUCCACCUCCUCUGACCAUGGGAACUUUGCAAUGCCCUCAGGGCACCAGGCCCCAUGUGGCACCAUGAAGGUCCCUCCUCGCUCUCCCAGGUCAGCUAUGGGAUCUCCCAGGCCAGCUAUGCCCUCCAGCCCCUCCACCAACAAAACUGACCCUCUCCACCAGUAUAAAGACUCCCAGCUGCUGCCAGGGAUGGGAAAUUCGAUUGGCACCCAGCAGCACAGCAACCCUAUGUACUCACCCACUUCUUCCUCAUCAUCAUCCUCUUCUCUGGCACUCCCCAGCGCUUCCCAGAAGGGCCACCCUGGACUCCUGGGGAUGCCCCUCAACCAGAUCCUUAACCAACAGAAUGCCGCAUCCUUCCCUGCCAGCAGUCUCUUGUCAGCCGCAGCCAAAGCACAGCUAGCAAAUCAAAACAAACUCAGCGCUGCUGGCAACAGCACUGCUGGCAUGGCUGGUGGUGGUGUUGGUAUGGCAGGCAUGGGGGCAGGUGGAGGAGGCAAUGGAGCAGGUGGCGGGCACCCUGGCUCUAUAAGUGGCCCUCGAGGCAUGGAGGGACUCAGCACUUUAAACCCAAUGCUCCCGCCAAACUCCACCAUGCUGCUCAACACUCCUGAAGGCCAGAGUGGUCGGGCGGCUCUUAGAGACAAGCUCAUGGCCCAGCAGAGGGACCCCAUGCGCAAACGGAGGCAGUCGUCGGGCAGCUCUGUUGUAAAUCAUGACAACAGUAACAACAUGGUCUACAACAUGCUUAACAAACGAGGUAUGGGAGGACCCCACAUGCCAGGGCCCAGUGCCACUGAGCAGCUACGAAAAGUGGGCCGACUUGGAAACCUUCCCCCAAACACCUCCAUGGCCCAGCUUCUCCAGUCCAUGAGCUGCCAGAGCUCCCAUAGCCUGGUUGGGAACAGCCAUCGUCCAGGUCUUAGUCCCGGCCUAGGGCCUGGUCCUCAAGGAGCUGCACAGCUGCACUACAACGACAGCACAGGUAUGGUCCCUGGUGGCCCUCAGCAAAACCUCCUAGCUCAGCAGAGGCUGCGGGGUCCAGGAGAUGCCAUGCAGCACUGCCAGAACAUUGACACUUCUGGGGGUCAUCUGGGCUCUCGUCCAGGCCAGUUCCCUGACAUGAUGGCCCAUAUGCAGGCCUCUACAAUGAGUAAUUGUGGGCCUAUGGGGCCAGGAGGUGGACCGGUGGGCCCUGAUGGCAUGCCGCUGGGACGUCCCAACACUAACCCCCCACCGCUGUCCCAUCCUGGCCCUCACCCCUCACAACCGAACCUCGUUCACAGUAUGGGGCGGACUAACAUGUUGGUGAUGUCCCAUGGAGGAGGUGAUGCAAGUUGUACACAGACCAUCUCUGAUACAGGAAACCCCUCAUCCCUUGGCUGUGGUAUGCACGUCAACUCCAGCGGAGGUCAGAUGUACCAGCAGCAGGUCCACCAGGGCAUACAGCAGGGGGUGGCCUCCCACCCAGCCUACCAGGGACAGCAGCACUUCUCUGACAACCCACCUUACACAGACAACAACAACACUAAUGCUGGCUCCAUGGCCUGCCUCUACCAGAACUACCAGCAGGGGAUGUUGUCGCACCCACAGUUCGGGGAAGGGCAACAGCCCCAGGUUGAGGGGCUUCCAGCGUGUGCACCUGGCUCUGACAGGGGCCCAGGUGGAGGACCAGAGUCGGUGGACGCCAUCUACAGGGCUGUGGUGGACGCCGCCAGCAAGGGCAUGCAUGUUACCAUAACCACCACGGUGAGUGGGACCACGCAGGCGAGUUCAGUGCCUGCCCUCAGCGCCAUGAGUGCCUUCACUGCCUCUUUAGGGGAGCCCGUCAACCUCCCCAAAGCCGUUAGCACAGUCCUGCAUGGGCACUUGGAAGGGGAGGCGUUACCCCAACAAGCCAGGCCAAGGCAGGUGAGACUGGGACGGGGUCAGAAGAAUAUGGAUCCAGGGAAGAGCACUCCAGACGGCCCCGAGGCCAACGACUACUUCCGUUCUCCUGGCCGUGGAACCCCCAGGGGUCAGUGGGAGGGGGAGACGCAGCAAGGAGGAGGCUUCGACCCUCAUAGCAACAACAGCGCCUGGGGUGGUGAGGAGUUUCUGGAGUGCUCUACCCAAGUGAGGAGUAGUCCAUGCAUGGAGCGACCCGCCAGCCUCGCCCCCGCCCCACCCUGCCCCACUGAGGGGUCCAGCGACCAUGGUCUCUCCAUGGGCCAUGAUAAGGCCUUUCUCGAUGAUGGCUAUCGCUUCAACAACUGCAGUCGGAUACCUGCUAACUACAAGGAGCGUCUGGAGCAGAUGGUGGAACGCUGCGCUCACAUCAAUGGUGCCACAACCCACUUCAACACCCGGGGUUACGGAGAAGUCCUGGGCCCCCCACGGCAGGAGCUGACAGGGGACGACCAGUCGCCCAGCUCAUCCACUAGCCUGGAAGGGCCUCUGGCCACAGCCAAAGACUAUAGUCACUACAACGGCCAUUUCAACGGUAUGGCGCCCAGCCCCUCGGACACAAAGAGCCUGAGCAGCGAGGAGGACCUGCGGCAGCCGGACUCUCCUUCCUCAGAACUGCUUCACUACCGGUCCAGGACCUUCAACAUGGGAGAGCUGGUCUGGGGCCAGUUGAAGGGCUUCCCACCCUGGCCUGCUAAGUUGGCUGGGGACGAGCAAGUGCACAGCGCUGCUAUGCAGCUGCGGGAGCAGGCCAAGGUAGAGCCAGAGAAGCUGAAAACACUAACUCACGACUUUGACCGAGCUGCCAAAAGAGGCCUGAAGUAAGUAUAUAUGCACACCAUAUUGUUGCUUUAGUAAAACAAUUUUAAACAUCACACUAGAUGGUCUAUGAUUCUGUGCUGUAUUUUAAACAAGCUGAAAGUUACAGGUUGCAGCUUAAAUCUUAUAUCGUCUGUCUUGCUCAUAUUAUUGCCUUAUUGACCCUAAGUCACACCCUUAGUUACUGUUGCUACACAUUUUAAGCUUUCCAGUUUAGCAUUGCACAUAGGCAGUUUGCAAUGAUAACUAGGGUUGGGUAUCGUUUAAAGUUUUACGAUACCAGAACCAAAACCAGUACCCUUUAAGUGAUACCGAAACCAAUAUAGUACUUCAUUUGAUACCUUGUGUAAAAUGCCACAUAGUGAAGCCAUAGU